AUGUCUCUUGAAAAUACAGUUAAUGAAGAUGAUGAUAUUCAAUCAGUGUCUUCAUCAACGAAUUCCGAUGAUAAUAUAAAUGAAUUCCAUUGUCAUACUCAUCGAACAUGUAGUCGAUAUGCGUCAUGUAAUAGACAAAAACAUCAAUAUUCUUCAAUUGAUUCUAUCAAUUCAAAGAGUUUUUUAAAUAAUUCAAACCCAGUUAAAGGUGAUCUACGUUAUAUUGAUAAUGAUCCAGGACAUCGACAAAAAUACGAUGGAAUGAGAUGGCGUCGUGUAUGUUGUAUGCCUCAAUGUUUAGUUUAUUUAAACGGUGGUAUUUAUUUUGAUAAUUGGUUAUGUCGAAAACAUUAUUUACUCGUCAUACAAAGUGAUAUAUGUGAGGAAUUGGAUAAUCCAACAAUACAAGAUAAAAGACAGAUACUGUCAGCAAAAAAAAGUCUUCAAAGAACAUCUGCUCGACGAUCUAGUAAAAAUAUCAAUUCUUAUCAACGUGGUGAUAUAAGGGUAGAUGCUGAAGGUAUUCGUCACAAAUAUGAUGGUCAAUCUUGGCGACUCGUUUGUAGCAUUGAUAGUUGUAAAUCUUAUAUUGUUGCACAUGGUUAUUGUCAUCGUCAUGAUAUGGAAAAUCGAAAGAAGAAACCCAAAGUUUUAUCUGCAUUAAAUGAUACUCCUCAACAGCAAAAUUCAAUACCAAAAGCUAAAAUAAAGCAAACAACCAUACCGACUAGAACAAAACCAAAAAAAGGUGAAAUUCGACUUGUUCGACAACAAUGGAAUGGUACAAAAUGGUAUUCAUUAUGUCAUUAUCAUACUCGAAAUUGUAAACGACGUUCAGCUGGAGUUAAAUCUGCUUAUCUUUGUGAAAAACAUUAUAAAGAAUACAUAAUGAAUCAGAAAAAUCCAAACUUAAUUUAUAAUGAUAACGAUAAUGGUAGUGAUAAUGAUCAAAUUUUAUUAUCACCAAUAAUCAAACGAAAAAAAACUCAUACUGAUAGUAUUCUUUCAACAAAUAUUGCUGAUCAUUCCAAUACAAUAAUAUCAUCUCAAUCUAGAGUAACUAUUGAUCGAAGAAAACCAGUUGAACAAUAUAUCCAAACAGAUGUAACAUAUCCAAUUGAUUCAAUUGAUUUACGACAAGGAUGUAUUUUAAUUGAAGAUGAUAAGAAUGAUCAAUAUCAAUGUGAUUCACCUCAAUAUAUGGUUUAUAUUAAAAAAGAAGAAGAAGAUUAUCCAACUAAUAAACGAAGGCUUGCAAUUGACAUUAAUUCAUUACCGUAUAAUUGUAAAUUAGAAUUAACAAAACUUGAAAUGUGA